AAAAAAGAAGAAGCGUCCGCAGCUACGGCAGCACAUGUUUUGGCCAGCUUAUUUGGUUCGAAAAAUGAUUAUCAAAAACAGACUACACUAUUUAGUCCCUCAAAAACGAUAACAAAACAGUGUCAGUCUCAAUACAGAUCCAUACAUCUCUCUCUCAAAAACUGAAAUGGGGGUAUACCUUAGCACCCCGAAAAUUGAAAAGUUCUCAGAGGAUGGUGAAAAUGACAGGCUUCGAUUUGGACUGUCAUCCAUGCAAGGAUGGCGUGCAACUAUGGAAGAUGCUCAUGCAGCUUAUCCAGAUCUGGACAACUUGACAUCAUUUUUUGGUGUUUAUGAUGGUCAUGGAGGUAAAGCUGUGGCUAAGUUUUGUGCCAAGUAUCUUCAUCAACAGGUGCUCAAGCAUGAGGCAUAUUCAGCUGGAGAUAUUGGGACUUCAGUACAGAAAGCUUUUCUCAGAAUGGAUGAUAUGAUGUGUGGACAAAGGGGAUGGAGAGAAUUAGCGGUCCUGGGAGGUAAGAUAGACAAGGUUUCUGGUCUUAUUGAAGGGCUCAUAUGGUCUCCUAGGGGUGGUGAAGCCAAUAACCAUUUAGAUGAUUGGCCUUCUGAGGAGGGCCCUCACUCUGAUUUUCAUGGACCUACUUCUGGAAGCACAGCCUGUGUUGCAAUAAUUCGAAACAUGCAACUUGUUAUUGCUAAUGCUGGUGAUUCCCGUUGUGUAAUAUCUAGAAAGGGUCAGGCUUAUAAUCUAUCCAAAGAUCACAAGCCUGAACUUGAGGCGGAGAAAGAUAGGAUUCUGAAAGCUGGUGGUUUUAUUCAAGUGGGACGUGUCAAUGGGAGUUUAAACUUGGCCAGGGCUAUUGGAGAUGUGGAGUUCAAACAGAACAAAACUCUGCCUGCUGAAAAGCAGAUUGUAACAGCUAAUCCAGACAUAAACAUUGUUGAGCUUUGCGAUGAUGAUGAGUUUCUUGUUUUAGCUUGCGACGGGAUUUGGGAUUGUAUGUCAAGUCAACAACUAGUGGAUUAUGUACGAGAGCAGUUAAACUCUGAAACUAAACUCUCAGCUAUCUGUGAGAGAGUAUUUGACAGGUGUUUGGCUCCAACAGCCGGUGGCGAGGGAUGUGAUAACAUGACGAUGAUCCUUGUUCAGUUCAAAAAACCCGUUGGUUCAGGUAAUUCUUCUUCGGAGCAGCAGCCACCAUUGACCGAUCAAACACCCAUCACUGAUAAAAGUACAUUGGAAUCUGGAUCCUAAGAAGCAUUAUCCUACUUUCAUUGACCAAAUCACUACCCAUUAAAUUAAAAGCUGUAAGCGAAAAAGCAUAUGAUGCUUAUUUUUCACAUUUAGGAAGUGAUUUACGAUGAUAUGAUUAUUAUAUAUGUUCCAAAGUUUUUGAUUGAAUGGCUCAGCUAUUAAGGGUUUUUGUACAUUUGUUAAA